AUGGAGGAGCUGGGGGUGGAGCCCGAGGAGGAAGGCGGCGAUGAGGAAGAGGACGCAGCCCUGGCCAUGGAACGCGCGGAGGCGGGGGUGUCAGUCGGCUCGCCGGUUCAUGAUCAAGUGGUGCCAGCAGGAAGUUCUUCAUCCAGAGUCAUAGUACACGUGGAUCUGGAUUGCUUUUACGCACAAGUGGAAAUGAUCUCAAAUCCGGAACUAAAGGGCAAACCUUUAGGGGUUCAGCAGAAAUAUUUGGUGGUUACCUGCAACUAUGAAGCUAGGGAACUUGGAGUAAAGAAACUUAUGAAUGUUAGAGAUGCAAAAGAAAAGUGUCCACAGCUGGUGUUAGUUAAUGGAGAAGACUUGACUCGUUACCGAGAGAUGUCAUAUAAGGUUACAGAGUUGUUGGAAGAAUUUAGUCCAGUUGUUGAGAGACUUGGAUUUGAUGAAAAUUUUGUGGAUCUAACAGAAAUGGUUGAGAAGAGACUACAGCAGCUUCAAAGUGACGACCUUGCAGCACUGACUGGGCCCGGUCAUGUGUACAAUAAUCAGUCUAUAAACCUGAAUGACGGCCUGCACAUCAGACUGCUUGUUGGAUCUCAGAUUGCAGCAGAGAUGCGGGAAGCCAUGUAUAAUCAGCUGGGGCUCACUGGCUGUGCUGGAGUGGCUUCCAAUAAAUUACUGGCAAAAUUGGUUUGUGGUGUCUUUAAACCAAAUCAACAAACAGUCUUAUUACCUGAAAGUUCUCAAGCUCUCAUUCAUAGUUUGAAACACAUAAAGGAAAUGCCUGGUAUUGGCUAUAAAACCUCCAAACGCCUUGAAGCACUGGGUAUCAGUAGUGUGUAUGAUCUUCAAACCUUUUCAUCCAAAAUAUUGGAAAAGGAAUUAGGAAUUACAGUUGCUCAGCGUAUCCAGAAGCUCAGUUUUGGAGAGGAUAACUCUCCUGUAACACCCUCAGGACCACCUCAGUCCUUUAGUGAAGAAGAUUCAUUUAAAUGUUCAUCAGAAGUCGAAGCUAAAAGUAAGAUUGAAGAAUUACUUGCUAGUCUUUUGAACAGAGUAUGCCGAGAUGGAAGGAAGCCACAUACAAUAAGGUUAAUAAUCCGCCGGUAUUCACCUGAGAAGCACGGUAGCCGUGAGAGUCGUCAGUGUCCCAUUCCAUCACACAUAAUUCAGAAGUUAGGGACAGGAAGUUAUGAUGCAAUGACCCCAAUGGUUGAUAUACUUAUGAAACUUUUUCGAAACAUGGUGAAUGUGAAGAUGCCAUUUCAUCUAACCCUUUUAAGUGUGUGCUUCUGCAACCUGAAAGCACUAAAUGUUGCUAAGAAAGGGUCUAUUGAUUAUUAUUUGACACCAUCAUCAUCAACAACUUCAUGCUCUAGCAAGCGCAGUUUUAAAAUGAAAGACACUCAUAUGGAGGAUUUUUCCAAAGACAAAGAAACAAAUUGUGAUUUUCUAACAACUAGAAGAAUUGAAAGUACAAGAACUGGGGAGUCUCCACUAGAUACUAUACAUUUUUCUAAAGACAAAGACAGUGAUGAACUCCCUCUCUGCUCACUUCCUGAGGGUAUUGACCAGGAAGUCUUCAGGCAGCUUCCAGUAGAUAUUCAAGAAGAAAUUCUGUCUGGAAAAUCUGGAGAAAAAGUUCAAGGGAAAGGAAGUUUGAGUUGUCCAUUACAUGCCUCUAAAGGAGUAUUAUCUUUCUUUUCUACAAAACAAAUGCAAGAUAGUCCCUUAAAUCCUGGAGAUCGCUUAUCCAAUAGCAAACAGAUACUCUCGCUCUCUCCCUGUGAACCAGGAACUUCAGGCUUAAAUAACAGUGGGUCCUUUUACCCGUCUAGCCAGAAGGAUUAUUCACAUUAUGUAGACAGUAGAUUAAAAGAUGAACGAAUGAGUCAAGGACCUAAAGAAUCUCAAGCAUUCCACAUUUCAAAUACAAACCCUGCUGUAUCUGUUUUCCAUUCAUUUCCAAAUUUGCAGAGUGAGCAACUUUUCUCCAAAAACCACACUACAAAUAGCCAUAAGCAACCAACAGCAACAGUGUCUCAUCAUGAAGGACUUGCAGAAAGUAGAGAGCAGGAUUCUACUGCUGAGAAAGUUACUUUUCCUUCUGAUGUUGAUCGGGAAGUUUUCUAUGAACUACCAGAAGAGGUACAAAAAGAGCUGUUGGCCGACUGGAAGAGAACAGGAUCAGAUUUCUACAUUGUACAAAAAUAAGCAUGUGCAGAAGAAAGGUCUAAAAAUCAAGGGAAAGACCAUUGUUCUCAGAUUAGUAGUUUAUUAAUAAGCUCAUCUAAAUUAAACACUAACAGGUAUUCAAUAAUAUAGCAAUCCAAAGUAAAAUGUUCCAAAUAAAGCAAGAUUAGUUAUGGGAAGUAAAUUCUGGCACAAAGUAUAAAAAAAUUUAUAAAAGAAAUAAUGUAAAACAUUACCUUCCUCUUAGUUCUAAAAGUAUUUUAUAUUGUUUUUCAAUAAAAAAAAUAUCUUGGUCA